GAGAGGAAAAAAAAUAGUUACAACAUGCCACACUCAAACAAACUACUGUGUUUUACAGCACAAUGACCCUGCAGGGUCACCCUCUUGUCCAACAAACUGAACAUCUCACAGCUCUUCUCCCUCUCUCUCUGUGUUCCUGUAGUAAAUUAUCUGUGUCCCACCAUUGCACAGCGCCAAAACCACACACCGAAACGCGACUGUUGCCCUCUACCGACCACUGGGACCCCUAUUCAAUCCUCGGCUUCAGACAACAUGGAUAAGAUCAGAUACUACCAGCCACGCGAUCAGGCCACGGACGAAGACAGUGACGGUGACAUUGACCUUGCCGGAUUAACAUACUCUCUCGAGAUUGUUCAGCAACCCCAAAGAGCAAGGAUGUGUGGGUUCGGCGACAAGGAUCGCCGCAACAUCACGCCCGCGCCCGUUUUAAAAUUAGUGGCCAAGACGAGCGAGGGAAAGAUUGUUCAAGCUAGCCGUUUGAGCAGACAGGCAUUUGUCGUGAAUGCCGAUCUCUGGUUAGAGGACGAGGUCACAGAGAGAAAUCUGGUCUUGAUCUCGUCCAUCUCCUCCGCAAAGCCGCCACAAAGGCCUUGCCCAUCCAGGCCGAUCGACUCAACAUCAUCAAGGGGAUCUCGCUCAUCCAAGACUCCAGGAGGAAAUAAAUCUGGUAGCACAUCGCCAACACUCACACCAGAUGGACACUCCACGCUAAUAGUACCAGAUAAACUUUCUCCCUCAGAGAGACCCAAACAAGCGGUUCGGUUUCAAGACGGACAUUACGAUCCUUCGUCAGAUCACCAUUGGAAUGAAUCCAGGGACACUCUCAAACACGAAGAGACGCGUGUACACCAACGGACAGACAGCGCACGUUCAGCAACAAAUCCAGAUGAUGUCUAUAACAUGAAUACGGAACAAGCUGUUGAUGAAGAAAUGGACGAGUUGCAGGGGGGCUCUACAGAGGAAGAUGUCGACUGGGAAAGCCUUUCGACUCAAAAUCUUGUAGGCCAAACCACUGUCGCGGGUCAAGUCGCGCCGGACCUUGACGGCAAGUCAUCCCACAUUUGGUUUGCUUUCAGUGUGCUCUCUAUCCGGACAGAGGGUAUUUUCAAGCUACGGUUCUCUCUGAUUGACCUGACGCAAAUGGAAGGAAAAACCGCCUCUGUGAUAUAUAUGUUGUUCUCCAAUCCUAUUCAUGUUCAGUCGCCAAAAAAGUUUCUUGGCACAUGUGAUAACAACAAGAUUGCGAACCACUUGAACAAGUACUCGAUAAGAAUUCCAUCCCGCAAAGAUGAGAAGCCAUACAGAGGCUAACAUUGAUAGUCUUAUGGAAGUCGAGAGUUAAGGCGCGUUUGUGAAUAAAUGACCUGUGAGCCC